AUGGCAGAAAAGAAAUUUCUCGAAAAGGACUUUCAAGGAGCCAACAGGAUGGCUUCAAAGGCUCAUAGCCUCUUUCCCGGACUGGAUGGGCUGUCGCAGUUUUUUGAGAUCAUCCAUAUACACAUCGCUAGCAGCCACAAGAUACAUGACGCUCCUGAUUAUUACGGCAUAUUGGGAGUUGAUUCAUCGGCUGAUGAUGAUACACUGAGGAGACAGUACCGAAGAAUGGCCCUCACCCUGCACCUGAUAAGAACAAUUCAAGCUCAAAUGUCUUCAACAAGCGCAACUGCAGCCGAAUUUUUUUCUUCACAUUCAGCUGCUCAUUAUGGUAAUGCUCCGAAUACAGCCCAGUCGAGGUCGACUGCUAACCAGCAAAGACCAGAUUCAUUUUUUGAGUUCAUGCAGUUGCGCAAAAAGGUUUUCAGGGCAAUGCAGGUUCCUGCUCCUAACAUAAAAGCCCGAGGCUCACGCUAUUGGAAUCUCUAUCGACACGCUGAGGAUCUAUCGACCUUCUUGAAUCGUUGGAGAAGUGUGCCGUCAUCAGUUCCUGAAAACUGCAGAGACAUUCCUCCGAGGAUCGUGGAACCAACUACAUCUCCCAGUUCUGCAUUCAGAAAUCCAUUAAUGGAGGAACCGAUGAAGAACCUUGAUGGUGAUUCCUCAACAAGUACAGAAGGAGCUGGAACGAAGCCUGGUCUUUGUAGCCUGGGGAAACCAGAGAGCCUCAUAGGAGCAGAUGUUCAGAAGGGAGAAAGUGUAACAUUUCAGGCACCUUCUGUAAAAGUGAAUGUCAAUAAUCCUGGCCCUGCGAAGAACAAACAACCAACGAAGUCCGAUACCAAGGGACUAUCCCAUAUGGAAGUAAAAAUGGAGAGGAAGGAACUAGUACGCCAGUUCAAGAAAUUGGACAUAGAAAAAAAUUCAUUGAAGAAAUUUCACACUGAAGAUCCUGAGAAAAGGAGUGGUGGCACAUUUUCUGAUCUAAAUGCGAAAGCUAUUGAUGUAGAAGCCUGUCUCGAUGAAACUCUAUCAAUGUCUGUGCCUGAUGCCAACUUCCACAAUUUCGACAAUGAAAGAGUGGAGAAUUCCUUCUCAAACAAUCAGGUUUGGGCUGCAUAUGGCGACGAUGAUGGUAUGCCUCGAUAUUAUGCCUUGGUUCAUAACUUGAUUUCAAGAUCACCUUUUGAGCUCGAAAUCUGUUGGUUGAAGUCGAAAUCCACAACUGAGUUUGGAUCAUUUGAGUGGAUUUCUUCUGGAUUCACGAAGACCAUUGGAAAUUUCUGGGGUCCGAGAGGAGUGAUCUAUAUCUUUCCAGCAAAAGGAGAUGUUUGGGCAGUCUACAAUAACUGGUCCUUCGAAUGGAACUUCGACACUGAAAAGGAUGUAAUUCAUAAAUACGAAGUGGUGGAAGUGCUCCGAGAUUACAGUGAUGAUCAUGGAGUCUCGGUUAUAGCCCUUGUGAAAGUGGCUGGAUUCACAACUCUCUUCCGCCGAAUGCCUGACCACAAUGUGGUUUGGACAAUUCCGAAGGAAGAGAUGUUCAGAUUCUCCCAUCAGGUGCCGGUGUUUAAGUUGGAUGGGAUGAAAGACAAAGGUGCACCUGAGGGGUGCUAUGAGCUCGACCCUGCAGCUCUACCACCAGAAUUGCUCGAGAUUAUUACAGAAGCGGAAGCAACCGAGGCAACCACUCAGAGAGUUUCCGAGCAUCGUGGUCAUGCCAGAAGGAUGGAUCCAAAAAUAACUGAGGUUUUUGGGAAGGGAAAUUAA